ACGUAAAUGAACAAAGUGCAUAGUCUUGAUACAUGUGAACAAAGUGCAAGUGGUAGAUGAUUCCCAAUAAAUGAACAUCAUCAUGUGAUGGUAGUAGGUGUUGGAUUUAUGUUCCUUUGACGAGACAGAGUUGGCUGGUUUGAUACAAAAAACGUGUUUCUCUCUUACAACCCUUAUCUUCUUUUAAUCACUCACUCUCUAUAUUCUUUUUUUCUUUUUCUGCGGUGAUUCCAGAUUCUAUUAGUAGAAACAAGCUCAGUGAGCCUCUCUGGCUUUGACCACAAUAUCAUGGCAGAGCUGAUUGCUGGAGCAUUUCUUUCGUCGUUCUUUCAAGUCACUCUUGAGAGGUUUGCCUCAAGAGAUUUCAAAGAUCUCUUCAAUAAAGGGUUGGUUGAAAAACUUGAAAUCACAAUGAAUUCUAUCAAUCAAUUGUUGGAUGAUGCAGAGACAAAACAGUACCAAAACCCAAACGUGAAGAUUUGGCUUGAUCGUCUAAAACAUGAGGUAUAUGAAGUAGAUCAAUUGUUGGAUGAGAUUGCUACAAACUCACAACGAAAGAUCAAGGUGCAACGCAUCCUUUCAACUUUGACUAAUCGAUAUGAACCUAGGAUCAAUGAUUUGCUCGACAAACUAAAAUUUCUCGUAGAGCAAAAGGAUGUGUUGGGAUUGACAGGUAGUGGAAGUUGCAGUAGUUUUGAAGGUGCAGUUAGCCAGCAAUCCUCAAAAAGAUCGCCAACUGCAUCUCUGGUGGAUAAAUCUUGCAUAUAUGGUAGAGAGGGUGAGAAAGAAGAAAUAAUCAACCAUUUGCUUUCAUACAAAGACAACGACAACCAAGUAUCAAUAAUCAGCAUAGUGGGUUUGGGUGGGAUGGGGAAGACCACCCUUGCUCAGCUUGUCUACAAUGACCAGAGGAUGGAGAAACAGUUUGACCUUAAAGCUUGGGUCCAUGUCUCAAAAUCAUUUGAUGCUGUUGGACUCACCAAAACAAUUCUUAGGUCAUUCCAUUCUUUUGCAGACGGUGAAGACUUGGAUCCACUCAUUUGUCAACUACAAAAGACACUAUCCGUCAAGAGAUUUCUGCUUGUUCUAGAUGAUGUGUGGAAAGGGAAUGAGGAGUGUUUGGAGCAAUUACUACUUUCUUUCAACCAUGGAUUUUUAGGAAGCAAGAUUAUUGUGACAACACGUGACAAAAACGUUGCAUUGGUCAUGAAAUCUGACCAUCAACUUCUUUUAAAGAAUUUGGAGGAGAAAGAUUGUUGGAGUUUAUUUGUGAAACAUGCUUUUCGAGGAAAAAAUGUGUUUGACUAUCCAAAUCUUGAAUCGAUUGGCAAGGAGAUUGUAGACAAAUGUGGAGGGUUGCCUUUAGCCGUGAAAACAUUGGGGAAUCUCUUGCAAAGAAAAUUUUCUCAGGGUGAAUGGUUUAAGAUAUUGGAAACUGAUAUGUGGCAUGUAUCGAAGGGCAAUGAUGAAAUUAACUCGGUAUUGAGAUUGAGUUAUCAUAAUCUCCCUUCCAAUCUAAAGCGUUGUUUUGCAUAUUGUUCCAUAUUUCCCAAGGGUUAUAAAUUUGAAAAAGAUGAAUUGAUCAACCUUUGGAUGGCUGAAGGUUUGCUGAAAUGUUGCGGAAGAGACAAAAGUGAACAAGAGUUGGGUAAUGAAUUCUUGGAUGAUCUAGAGUCCAUUUCAUUUUUCCAACAAUCAGAGUCGAUAUUUGGUCAUAUGGGAUUAUGCAUGCAUGAUCUUGUAAAUGAUUUAGCUAAAUCAGAGUCCCAAAAAUUUUGCUUACAAAUUGAGGGUGAUAGGGUGCAAGAUAUAUCUGAAAGGACACGUCAUAUUUGGUGCUCCCUUGGUUUGGAAGAUGGUGCUAGAAUAUUGAAGCACAUUUAUAUGAUUAAGGGAUUACGCAGCCUAUUGGUAGGACGACAUGACUUUUGCGAUUUCAAGGGUUAUGAAUUUGACAAUUGCUUCAUGAUGAGCAACAACGUGCAACGUGAUCUAUUUUCAAAACUGAAAUAUUUGCGGAUGUUGUCAUUCUAUGGUUGUGAACUCACAGAGUUAGCAGAUGAGAUAGUCAAUUUAAAGCUUUUGCGCUAUCUAGACCUGAGUUACAAUAAGAUUAAAAGGUUGACUAAUUCCAUAUGUAAGAUGUGUAAUUUAGAGACACUAACACUGGAAGGCUGUACUGAAUUGACCGAACUCCCUUCAGAUUUUUACAAACUCGACAGUUUACGUCAUCUUAAUAUGAAUAGCACUGAUAUUAAGAAGAUGCCAAAGAAGAUAGGGAAGCUAAACCAUCUUCAGACACUGACUAAUUUUGUAGUGGGAGAGAAGAAUGGGUCUGAUAUUAAGGAGUUGGAUAAUCUUAAUCAUCUUCAAGGAGGACUUCACAUUUCAGGGUUGGAACAUGUCAUUAAUCCCGCAGAUGCUGCAGAAGCAAAUUUGAAAGAUAAGAAACAUCUAAAAGAGUUAUAUAUGGAUUAUGGUGACAGUUUGAAAUUCAAUAACAAUGGAAGAGAAUUGGAUGUCUUUGAGGCUCUUCGACCAAAUAGCAACCUACAGAGGCUCACCAUCAAAUACUACAAUGGCAGCAGCUUUCCAAAUUGGCUAAGGUGUUCUCAUUUACCUAACUUAGUAUCUCUUAUCCUGCAGAAUUGUGGAUUUUGUUCCCUGUUUCCGCCACUUGGACAGCUCCCAUGUCUCAAGGAGCUUUUCAUUUCAGGUUGUAAUGGAAUAAAGAUCAUCGGUGAAGAGUUCUACGGCGAUUGUUCAACAUUAGUUCCGUUCAGGUCCCUUGAAUUUUUGGAAUUUGGGAAUAUGCCCGAAUGGAAGGAAUGGUUUUAACUUGAACGGUUUCCCUUGCUCAAAGAGCUUUAUAUAGACCAUUGUCCCAAAUUGAAAAGGUUCCUGCCUCAAAACCUUCUUUCUUUGCAAAGUUUGAGAAUCCAAGAUUGCGAACAGUUGGAGGUAUCAAUUUCCAAGGUGGAUAAUAUCAGAAUUUUGAAUCUACGGGAAUGUUAUAGAAUUUUUGUAAAUGAAUUGCCAUCCAGCUUGGAAAGGUUUAUCCUUCAUAAAAAUCGGUACAUUGAGUUCUCUGUGGAGCAGAAUUUACUCAGUAAUGGCAUUCUUGAAGAAUUAGAGUUGGACUUUAGUGGUUUCAUAGAGUGUCCCUCUUUGGAUUUGCGUUGCUAUAAUUCUCUUCGCAUACUUUAUUUAAAAGGUUGGCAAUCCUCCUUGUUGCCUUUUUCACUACACUUGUUCACCAAUCUUGAUUCUCUCAAGCUGAGAGAUUGUCCAGAGCUAGAAUCAUUUCCUGAGGGAGGUUUGCCUUCCAACUUGAGAAAACUUGAAAUAAAUAAUUGCCCAAAGUUAAUUGCUUCGAGAGAGGACUGGGAUUUGUUCCAACUAAAUUCCUUGAAAUAUUUCAUUGUUUGUGAUGACUUUAAAACCAUGGAGUCGUUCCCAGAGGAGAGUCUGCUGCCACCAACUCUUCACACCCUUUUUUUGGAUAAAUGUUCAAAGCUAAGAAUAAUGAACUACAAGGGUCUUCUCCACCUCAAAUCUCUUAAAGUUCUAUAUAUUGGAAGAUGCCCUAGUCUUGAGCGCUUGCCAGAGGAAGGUAUACCGAACUCCCUUUCUAGGUUGGUUAUUAGCGAUUGUCCAUUACUGGAGCAGCAGUACCGAAAGGAGGGAGGAGAUCGUUGGCAUACAAUUCGUCAAAUCCCUGACAUUGAAAUUUUUCCAACAGUGUCCUCAUAGCAUAUUCUCGUGCUACCAGAUUCUCGUGUGUUUUCACAUGCAACAGUUCUUCAAUGUAUCAAUAACCAGAAGCAUAACUAAGACUGGGCUUUCACAAUGACUCAUACACUAAGGGAAGGCAUUUCUUGCACAAAUUUCAAGUCUCAAGAAGCGAAGAUGAAAUUUUUGGUGUCUCCCGCCCUAAAUGGCUUGAGAAGAAAUCUGGAGAAGGCCAUACUUUGCACAAAAUUGCCAUCAUGAGAAGAAAUCCAACAAUUUUGCAAGAAGUCUGCAACAUUCCUCAAAUGUUGGUUCGAGAAAGAGUAAUGUAAUGGAAUCGAGGAAUGUGUUAGAGAAAGAGUCAUAGCUUUGUAGAGAGAUAUGCAUUGUGUGAUGUUGGCUCGGGCAUCCUCUUCAACCUCUGAGUCGUUUCUCAGAAGUUUCAUUUUAUUUUCAGUCUCUUUUUAGCUUAUUGUUUGUGUAUUCCUUCAUAGUUCAUGCACAUUGUGUAUUCCUUCGUAGGAACACUACUUUUCAUUGCGAUAUAUACUUCUAAUUGGAUUCAAAAUGGUUGCUUGCUGUUGGUAAUCUUCGAUUACUGUUUCUCAGUUUGUGAAUA